AUGGCGCUACCGUGCCGCACGUGCGAAGAUCUAUCCGGCCUGGGACGACUGAGAACAUACGAAAGGCUGGGAGACCUGGACAUUCGGGACUACCUUAAGGUGUACACUGGGGCUGACAUCGAAAAACCCAUGAAGGAAGCCGCAAAAGAAUACGUGGAACUGCACUACCCUGACGCCAACGCUAAGGCACAUUCUCUACCCGAAUGGUAUUGCCCGAGUACUGCGAAAUUUAAGGAGCUGUGCGAAGCCUACAAACGCGAAGAGCAUGAAGACGCGAUAGACUUUACUUCGGGGGACCGGUCCGUUGAAAUCGUGUUCGACAGACUGAAGUAUCUGUUGAAAGACGUGCCGUCGCUCACUCUCGCGGACUACGCCUUUGCAGGUACUUUUCUGAAGGGCAUCAAAAGGAAACAAAUGGAAAUAUUCAGUAAGGACUUCGGAGUUCCCUUGGAAAAUCUGGAACCUGGCGAUCAUGACAUCUUCGGCUUUGGAAUAUCUGGCCAGCAAAUUUUGGGAAUUUUCAUUCAAGUGAAGGGAACAGGGCAAAAGAGGAACAAUAAAACAAUAUUGCAGUCGCUGAGAAAAGCCACGGAGCAAGUUCAGAAAGACAUUCGAAUUUUCAGGACCGUCUGCGGCGAAUUUAUCACUUCGGAUGUGAAGUUAGCCGGUUUCGUCGCUUUCCCCAUGCUCUCCAAAUUUGAUUUGAAGUGUCCCAACCCGUGCCGAGAGUGCAGGUCCCGAAUCCUCACCUCGGAAGAUCUAAAGGAUCCGAAAAGCUUCCAGACGUUCUUGACCAGGCACCAGAUAUCGAUGGAGCAGUCCUGGGAUCCCGAGUCGCCCGUUGUGAAGACUUUCAGGGAAAUAUUCGAUCUCUACGUCUGCGCUGCAUCGAGUGUGUCCAUCCCGCGCAACCUCGAUCAGUUCCUCGAGAAGACAGAGAAACAAAUGCGGAAUGUGCUCGCAAUUCUUACUCCAGAACAGCGGAAGCUGGUCAAUAUUGAAUCCAACGUCAUUUUCAUAUGUGGAGGAUCAGGAACGGGCAAAACCGUUGCUUUGAAAAAAAGAGCCAUCCGAUUAGCGGAAGACGGUGAAGUGCUUUUGAUGAAUCUCCACGGAGGACUCCUGACUGAUUCCUUCAGAUCUGAAUUCGAAAUGAAACCACGGAUCCAGGUCAUAGAUGGGAGAGAGAAGGGGCUGGAGGAAAACCUUCAACAAUUCCAGAAAUUCCUGUGGGAAAGCGGAAAAGAAAGACAUGUCCUCAUCGACGAAGUCCCUAUCACGUUUGGAUUCCAGGGCAUAUUCACUGCAAAAAAUAUUUCUGACCACUGGGAAUGGAUCGUGGACAUGAAAAGUCAUGUGAAGUCAAUCGCGAUCUCCUUUCGACCCAACGACCAGUCCUACACGAAAGACUUCCCGCUCGAAGAUGUGAAGCCCGGAGGUCAUCCAGUGACAGUUCUCAAGGGAGUGAAAAGGAACAGCAGAAGGAUUGCUGAAUUGUUUCUAGCCAUUGGGGAUUACUCACGCAAGAUAUUCAUAUCCCAGGAGAAGUCACUUCUAUUAGAUAUAGAAAAGAGAGAACAUGUGAAAGGACUUCUCCCAGAUCUUUUUCUCAUUCCGUCUUGCUAUUCCUUGCAUCCGUACAAGUGCGAAAACAAAGUGGCUUGCGAGGCAUUGAGGGCUUCGUCCGCUAUUCAGACCAUUUUCGAAGAAUUCUCCAAGUCGUCAAAAAAGUCUCCACUAUUCGUUGUGGUUGACGACGAGAAGCGAAAGUGCGCUCUUGUGAACAUAUUUCCUUCCUCCCAACCUCUACUCAUCCUCCUUCAAAAUAAAAGCAUUCUGACGAAAAACUUUGAAUGGGAAUGGCGUGGGCGGCCUGCCCCCGAAUGUUCGUUCCCACUCGUUGUCGUCACAGAACAGGAAAUGAUGGGAUGUUACUUGAACAAGGUAGUCGUUAUCGAUUUCCCACAUUCAAAAUGGAUGAAUUACAUUCGAUUGAUAGCUACCAAUGGAGAAAGGAAGACCGUCGUAAUUGAGGAAGAAGAAUUCAAUACAGGGAAGUUUUCUCGUGUCCCAGAGGGCAUUUUCGAAGGGAAACCCAAGAAGUUAACGGUCGAUGAUGUCAAAAGUAGAAUGGAGACCAUGUGGCAGCAGUACAAAGAGGUUAACCUCGAAGACGUACUCCCUCGGGCAAACUUUCCUGAAUUGGAUAAAUACGAGAUUCCAGGGAGAGGGGAGGAGAAGGACGUUCAUCUGAUGCUUCAAUCUUUGCUAAGUGGAAUAUUCGGUCCCCCUGUAUCGGGAAAAUCAAGACGAGUGGAUCUGUUGAUUAGACGUUUGACUCUAGAUCGUCAAUACCAAGUGCAUCUGUACAUUGGAAGCGAGUUGUCUCGGGAAAUCUACCGAUGGCGUUGGGGAAGUGAAUCGAAUGUGGUUAUUUCUCCCUUUGAUUCGGGCUGUUUUAAGUCCUUCCGUGAUAUCAUCCAGAUAUACCAAGUAAAAAGAGGAGGAGGAGGAAAAGAGAAGAGUGGAGAAGAAGAAAGAAUAAAGCGGAGGAAGAGUGGAGAGGAAAAAGGAAGAAAGCAGAAGAGGGAGGAGAAAGAAACUCAAAACGAAGAAGAAUUGGAUUCCUUCCUGUUCAAGAAGGAAGAGAGAUUCGUGGUAGUGGAUGACUGUCCUUUUUGGAAGGACUUGUGCAAAAAAAGAACCAUUCAGAAGCUAAAAGAGAUGAAGAUUAAGCUGAUCCUCUCUUUCAAGCCACAUUCAAAGGACGCUUCAGAAAUGGAAGUGAGGGAAGGUAUCCACUUCCUAAAAACGACUCCAGGAUGCACUCCAAUAGUACUUCCGACUCAGCCGAUGAAUGUCCGCCUCCUCAGACAUAUCCAGGAGAACGAGAUUCGAACCGCUUUGAGGUUGGAAGCAAAGAAUCUCCCCUUGCUUGAUAUCCCCGCUGCAAUUGUCUCGGGACCACACGUUCGUUAUAUAAGCAUCCAAGAGCCCAAAUGUUCGGGGUCUCAUUUAGGCUACAUCUGCAAUGGAGAGACGUGUCGGAAGUAUAGGACUGGUUUAUCCUACAUUACAGAGACAGUCCUUCCAAAAAUAAGCUGUGACCAUGAAAAGACGACACGCCAAGGCAAGCCGUACAUUCUCGUUUCAGAUGAAGAACUGUUGAAACUUCUGCAGGUCCAGAAAUCACGACAUGAUAUAGAAGUGACACAUGCAAAGAACUUUCGCGGAUGCGAGGCUUCAGUUGUUAUCUCCGUGAACGUGGACGACGACUGGUUGUUGGAAGUGAUCUCCCGUUCCAGGACUCAACUCAUCAUAAUCGACAGUCUCCCCAGCCACAAAGAUCUCUGGAGAAGAAUGAUCAAGGAAGUGCGAGUGAAGGAAGAAGUUAUCUCCUUUCCCGAGAAAAUUCCAGAUGACCCUGGGAUUCUGCUGACGCUCGAUAACCAGGAAGAAUUUCUCAUGGUGCCGACCUGGGAUGAGACGGCAGAAAGGAUUGGAAAGGCGGCAGAGGAAAAGGGCUUCUUCAACGAGGACACAGGCGCCAUCCACAAUCUUCCUUCUUGGACAUGGGAGACCCUGAACAAAGGCUCAACUUCACCCUCAUCUUCCUCCCCUUUCGCCGAUUGGGGAUACAAGUGGAUUGGAUACCCAGGGGAAGCACCAAGGGUUCCCUAUGAGGAGAGGAAGGUUAUCCUUGAGAUAUUGGAAAAGAAAGGGGUGAAGUGGGGAAAGAAGUCGUUCCCCCCAGAGUUCCUAGAGACUAAGGGGAUAGGGGAAGGGCUCCAGGAGACUGGGAGGUUAGGAAAAGGGCUCCUGGAGUCCUUGUCCCUUGCCCUCACUGGAUCCCUCCUACAUCUCGCUCUUUUGAAGAUACUAGCGGUUGAUGAUCAUGGAGGCUAUCUUGAUCUACUCAAGCAAGGAGCAGAAAUUCUCAAAAGACCCAUCGUCCUCUUCGGGAUAAAUUUUGGCUAUACUUUCCUGCCAAAGGAAGGAAGAGAAGAUGGGGAAAACUGCCUUGGUAUCCUGCUUUUUGCCCAAGGCAACCAGGAAUUUCCCAGCUUCCUCCCAAUUGUUCCCGGUCAUGAUGAACUGAGGAAGGCUGGUAGCCCCAGAAUCCUGAAAAUUUUAGAUGAACACGGGCCUACCGGAGUUCGCAUCUUGUUGGACAUCAUUUUUGGACAUAAGGACAUUGGACUUCCUCUCCCGCACAAACGGAGAAACAUUCUGUUUGAAAAAAUAGACAAACUGGGGAGGAUCGCCACUAAGAUCCUUCUGGAAAGCUUUGAGGAGCUGGUGGAGACCAGUAUUUCCAGUCGACGAGUAAGACUUGAAUACUCUCAUGAACUGUGGAAGGAGACUGUGGACGCAAGGAGAGAACGUAAAGGUGUGCGGAAAGAGACUCUGAGUAUUGAUAUUAUUGAAGAAUUCAAGCAGAAAUGUGGCCUGUCGAUCGGUGCCAUCACCACCAUCAUCGUUCUUCACAAUUUUGGUACUGCGAUGUGA